GGGCCCCUGUACCGCCUCCUCAUGCUGCUGCCAGGCCCGAUAAUCUGCCAUGGGCCCCCGUACCAACUCCUCAUGCUGCUGCCAGGCCCGUAAUCUGUCAUGGGCCCCUGUACGCCUCCUCAUGCUUCUGCCAGGUCCAGAGUGUGUCAUGGGUCCCUGUACGGCCUCCCAUUGCUGCUGUCUCCAUCGCCACAACUCUGCCAUGUGCCACUUUCAGGUCUUCUCCUCACACUGCUGGUGGUUUCCAUUUUGUCAUAGGGUGCUGUUAUGGCCUCCCAUUGCUGCUGCCAUCCACCGCCACACACUGUGGACUCCACACUCUGGUUUUGGCCCCGUCGACUGCCCAAUGAGUGAAGUGUGUGAUGAUUCUAAGAUCGACGGCACUCAUCUGCAUGUCAUACUGACUGUCAGUAUUAUUUUCUCUUCCCCAGCAGACUCCAAGGGCAUUUAAUUUAAAGGUACAUGUGUUCUGCACUAAAUAUAA